ACACCGGCCUACACCCCUCACCCAGUCGCCAGAGCGCAACCUCAAUCGACGAACUCUUCCCCUCUCCGAUCUCGACGAGCACCAAACCGGGCUCGAUGCGGGCGAUCUCGUCGGCGGCGGGUGGGAUGCUGCGGGCGCGGCUGCGCGGGGCCGCGCGCGUCCGCGGCGGCGGCGAGGGGGCCGGGCGAUGGACGACCCCGGGGCACGAGGAGCAGCCCAAGGGGUAUCUCUUCAACAGGCCGCCGCCGCCGCCGGGGGAGUCGCGCGAGUGGGAGGACUGGGAGCUGCCCUGCUACGUAACCUCCUUCCUCACCGUCGUCAUCCUCGGCGUCGGGCUCAACGCCAAGCCCGACCUCACCAUCGAGACCUGGGCGCACGAGAAGGCGCUCGAGCGCCUCCAGCAGCAGGAGCUCGCCGCCGCCGAAGCCCAGGCUGAGUGAUCCACGCGUCUCAGGUCAUCCCGAACCCUAGGCUGCCUCUGAUUUGCUUCCAAUAAGAUGGUUGCGAUGUGUGGUCCCGAACUUCUGAUGUGGAUGGAACACAGGCUGAACACUAUGAUGUUGUUUCUGUUUCAUUUUGAAAUUUUCCCGAUGAUGAUGGCGCAUGCCCUGAACAUUUCUGAAAUGUUUCACAGUUGUAUUAUCCUCUUCAUCCUUCGGUUGUACUACUACUACAUGACCACAGUUAGGACUGUACUUGUCUCUA